CUUUAUCAAACAUGUAAGAUUGAACGAAAAACAAAUAAAAAAGUUUAUACUCUAAUAUUCUAUUUUAUGAUAUAUAGGGUCAACUUGCGUAUCCAAAAGCGAUUGGCAGCUUCUGUCCUCAAGUGCGGUCAACGAAAGAUUUGGCUCGAUCCUAAUGAAGUCAAUGAAAUCUCCAACGCCAACUCCCGUGCUAACAUUCGCAAGUUGGUGAAGGAUGGUUUGGUUAUUCGCAAGCCUGAAAUUGGUGUUUCUCGAUUCCGUGUCCGUGAACGUCAUGCUGCCAAGCGUCUUGGUCGUCAUAUGGGUCAUGGUAAGCGCAAGGGUACUGCUAAUGCUCGUAUGUCUCGUCAAGUCCUCUGGAUGCGUCGUAUGCGUGUACUCCGUCGUCUCCUUCGCAAGUACAGAGAAGCUGGUAAGAUUGACAAGCACUUGUACCACAACCUCUACCUUCGCAGCAAGGGUAACUGUUUCAAGAACAAGCGUGUAUUGAUGGAAUUCAUUCACAAGGCCAAGGCUGAACAAAUCCGUACCAAGAACCUUUCUGAACAAGCUGCUGCUCUCCGUGCUAAGAACAAGGCUAUGCGUGAACGUAGAAAGCAACGCAAUGAAGAAAAGACUGAAGGAAAACAAUAGAUUUUUUUUAAUACAUUUGUAUUAGGUCAAUCAUUAUUUAUAUCAUUCAAUUUGUAAUAAAUCAUACUCUUCUCCUGUCUUUAAGAUCAUGUUU